GAAAGUCACUAAAGUAGAGACUGAAUAAAUUAAUAACCGACUUGGUAUUACAUGGAUCUCACACCUUUUUACCGCAGAACAACUGAGUGGCGAGACUUGGUUUUUUUGACAAGUAUUGUUUUUGAUGGGAUAAGUUUGUUGCGUUACGUAUUUUAAGAUCAAACGGCUUAAAAGUUGGAACUCAUAUCUUUACGUAGGAUAAGGGCGACACAGAAAAAUACCUCUGUUUCUAUAUCUGAUAAACCACGCAUAAAACUUCUGGUAAACUGGUAAGUUCAUGUCUUUUAGAUAUAAGUAGUUGUUCAGCAACAGCCAUAUAUGCCUACAUUAAAAAUAAAACAAUAAUAAGUAAGUGCCUUUAUAUUGCCAUGGUAAUAAAACAAAAACCGUUACAAUUUUACGACUAAACUGUAAUAUUUAAAAUAGCAAAUGUACUUUAUUUUCAUGCGUCAUGUUUGCAUUAAAUAUGUACUGUUUUAUAUUUUAGUAAAUAAAAAAUUAUCAGAGACCUUGAAAAUAAAGAAAACCCUUCGCAUUCAUGGAGGGAGAGAUAUCCAGAGUGAUGAGUAUCCGUUUGUUGUAAUGCUUGCUCAGAUCGAUACUAUCUAUAAUUGGGCGGAUAGGCUGUGCACCGGAGCCAUGAUCACCGAUCAGUGGGGGCUGACGGCGGCGCACUGCUCGCUCUUCCGCAACAAAUAUUACGUGUGGUACGGGAACUUCACUAUAUCCCCAGUAAACUCGCAACUCAUGACCGAAAUCCUGAAGUUUGUCAUUCAUCCCUCCUUUCGCCUUUUGACUUUAAAUAACGGCAAGAAAGAUCUACAAGUCGAGAACGACGUGGGUCUUUUCCGCAUCCACAAGCUUGACUUUAAGCAUUAUGGUGUGCUACUUGCGGCCGAUUACGCAUCAUUGUUAGGACUACCUGUUACGUAUGUUGGAGGUGGCUUGACCCGCAACAAAAUGAAGGUCGACGAUGUUUUCAGACCACUGCAGGUCGGCGAAGCAACUAUCGUAAGCUGUGACGAAGAAUUGAGAAGUAAAUCGAAGUAUAUACUAUGCCUCGCUCCGAAAUGCUCAAACCGGCUGCAACGACCGUGGUACGGGGACUCGGGAGGCCCGCUACUUUGUGAUGGCAACAUUAUCGGAGUAUGUUCUUAUGGCAUUGAGAGCAAAGUCAUGUCGAAAAUGGCUUAUGCUCCAGUCAGUCCCUACAUAGACUGGAUCUAUCGCGUGAUUAAUGACACAAAAUAGUGUUUAUUAAAAUUAUCCAUUUGUAUUCGUCAUCCAACUACUGACAAAAAGUAGACACGUAGUUUUUUAAUAAAAAAAUCG